AUUGUAGUUAAAUCAGAUAAAAGAAAUGUUUUAAACAUGCACACGAUUAUGCUGGAAAGGUUUCGCAUGCAACACUCUAAAAACAUUUCGAGGCUCUUACGGCACUUUAGCCGUCAGUUGGAUGGUACGCACAACAAUGCCGUGGUAAUUGCAGCUGCUGUGCGUACCCCGAGAACACCAUUCAAGGCGGAGGAACAGAAGCUGGCUGGAAUUGUCAUCGAUGAGCUGGUGAAACGCACUCUUGUGCCACGAGAGGAGUUCAAAAAGCUAAUUGUCUGUUGCUCAUCGAAUGCAUCGGCAUCCGACUGCAAUGCGAGGCUUGCCAAUGUAGCCAAAGAGCUGGGCUUGAAGAGCUGCGAGGCACAUGCCCUACAGGACGAUAUCUGCUCGAUUGCUGGACUACGCAUGACAUUGGAUAGUCUCCGGGAGGGAAAGGCGCAGUGCAUUAUCACGGGAGAUACACGCUGCCAGUUUCUUGAACCGGAUGAUGGUCUUCUGGCCAAUGAACUGAUGACCGUGCAUCAGGCUCCGGCCAGAGGCAAACAAACCGCUAAGGCAGAUCCCUCCGAACCAACGCCAACUUUGGGAGCGGCCGCACUGGCCUGGACUACAUACGAAACUGCAGAGCGCCUUCAGUUGCAGCCUCUAGCUUUGGUGCGUGAAUUUGCUGUGAAAAAUAACAGAGAAGAUGCUCUGUACCACGUUCAUGGCGGUCAGCCUCUUCUUCCCAGUCAAAUCCACACGUGGGAUCUGGUUACGAGCCGAGAACCGCCCAAACCAAGCUAUUUUCACCUAGACCUAAGCGGAAAUAAUCUGUGCACCCACGAUAAUUUACAUAUAACCGCCAGUCACCUUCUCACCCAUCUGGUGCACUCCCUGCCUGCUGGCGAGUUGGGCUGUGCGUACAUGGAUGGAAGCGAUGGCCGUUUGAUGAUAAUAUUUCUCGAAAAGCUCAAACCCAAAAUCGCCCAGGUGGACGGUCUUCCUCUGCUGACACUGUACACCAAAAAGCCGUGUCCUUUGUGCGAUGAUUUGGUGUCACAAUUGGAACAGAAAUAUGCUGGUAAAUUCAGACUGGAAAAGGUUUACAUCGACCGCAAGGAGAAUGUACGUUACUUGCGGCUAUUUCGGCAUGAUAUACCUGUCUUGUUCUUUAAUGGCCAAUUUCUAUGCAUGCACAAAUUGAACGAGGAAGCGCUGCGAGAACGUCUGGCUGGCUUGGAAUAGGUUUAAACAUCUGUACAUCUGGCAUAAACCAAAUUUAACGUUUAAAAUAA